GUUCCAGCUCUGGCAAUCAAGUGUCAUUUAUUUAACUCUCUCUGCUGUGUUCCUAGUGAUUCUGCCUGAGUUCCAGUGACUGCAAGAGGGACUGACCCUGGAAGCGACCCCCAGAGCAUCAGAGACCAUGAUGAAGCUGAGCCCUAUCACAGGUGACAAAUGUUACUGUUGCUCUUCAGCCUCACAGCGAUGAUGAGGAGGAGAAGGUGACUUGCUCCUUGGGGAAAGCAUCAGGCAAGGUCUCCUGCCACUUCCUCUCCCACUCUCCAGGUGAUAUUAACAAGCCCAGCACAGUUGCCUGUCUGGAAAGAGCAGACACACCACCAUGGGGCAGGAAGAGCGUAACUCCACCACCCUCGACAUCAACUUCGCUGCCAUCUACAACCUCCACAGUGGGGACUUCACCUCUUUCCGAAAUUUCUCCUUCCCAUUCAAUUUCAGCUACAGCGAUUAUGACUUGCCCCUGGACAGGGAGGAUGAUGUGACCAAAACCCGCACCUUCUUUGCGGCCAAGAUUGUGAUUGGGGUGGCGCUCAUCGGCAUCAUGCUGGUCUGUGGCAUCGGCAACUUUAUCUUCAUCGCUGCCCUGGCCCGCUACAAGAAGCUGCGCAACCUCACCAACCUACUGAUUGCUAACCUGGCCAUCUCAGACUUCAUCGUGGCCAUUGUCUGCUGUCCCUUUGAGAUGGACUACUAUGUGGUGCGGCAGCUGUCCUGGGAACACGGCCAUGUGCUCUGUGCCUCCGUCAAUUACCUACGCACCGUCUCUCUGUACGUCUCUACCAAUGCUCUCCUGGCUAUAGCUGUAGACAGGUAUCUGGCCAUUGUCCACCCACUCAAACCACGUAUGAAUUAUCAAACAGCUACUUUCCUAAUUGCCUUGGUCUGGAUAGUCUCCAUACUCAUUGCGAUACCAUCUGCAUAUUUCGCUACUGAAACUGUAAUAUUCAUAGUAAAAAAUCAGGAGAAAAUUUUUUGUGGCCAGAUUUGGCCAGUUGACCAGCAAAUGUAUUAUAAAUCCUACUUCCUCUUCAUCUUUGGCAUUGAAUUUGUUGGACCCGUAAUCACAAUGACCCUGUGUUAUGCCAGGAUCUCCAGAGAGCUUUGGUUUAAAACUGUCCCAGGGUUCCAGACAGAGCAGAUCAGAAAGAGGCUCCGGUGCAGAAGAAAAACAGUCAUGGUACUUAUGUGUAUCCUAACUGCCUAUGUCCUCUGCUGGGCCCCAUUCUAUGGCUUCACUAUCGUCCGUGACUUUUUCCCUACUGUCUUUGUGAAAGAGAAGCAUUACCUUACAGCCUUUUACAUAGUUGAGUGCAUUGCCAUGAGCAACAGCAUGAUCAACACCAUGUGCUUUGUAACUGUAAAGAAUAACACUAUGAAGUAUUUGAAGAAGAUCAUGUUGCUUAGGUGGAGAUCUACAUAUAACAGCAGCAAAUCUAGUGUAGAUUUAGACAUUAAAACUAGUGCAAUGCCUGUCACAGAAGAGGUAGACUGCAUAAAAUUAAAGUAAUCUCUUGUGGUUCUAUUGUCAUGACAUGUAUAUUCCGUGGGGAGGAGGGGGUGUUGCCUCAGAAAAUUAUCUUUUUCUGUGAUGAUAUGAACUAAUGGAGAGAAUACUGGACUAUGAGUCAGUAGACCAUGACUCUAUUCCUGACUAUACCAGUGACCUGCUGUCCCAACGCUCUUUGCCUCAGUUUCCCCGUCUGUAAAACUGGAACACUGACACUUCUCUUUUGUAAAUCCCUUUGAGAUUUAGGAAUGGAAAGUUCUAUAUAAGAGCAAGGUUGUAUUGUCUGGGUCUGAAAUUCCCCCAUCUCUCCUAGCAACGAUGCUGAGAAUUCCCACCAUUUCCCUUUAACUCUGGGUGUGACCUUUGCCCUCUUCCAGCCCAUGACCCUUGCCUUUAAGGCACUCAUCCUUCCCCCCUGCCCCCCACUUCCUCUCCACCUCGCUAAGGUGGGAAGCAAGCCUUUGCUGCUUUAUGGUACUCUUUACCCUCUCAAAAUGUCCAGACUCCUUCAAGUGCCCAAGCGCCUAACAACCUACUGACAUUUCAGCCCCACACAGCCUUCUGAUCCACAGCAUAGCCCCUUGCCACCAGGGGCGCCUCCAGGCCC